UUAUGCAUAUUCGCAAAACGAUAUUCUUUUUUAUUUUGAUAGCCUACAUUAAGUAUAAGGACAGAAUGUUUAAUUGUUCAAUGAAACUGUAACCUCUUCCUUUAUGAAUCUCACAGAAGAGCAUCAAGAGACACCCUGUGUCCAUUCAAACUUUUCUUGUCUGCAAACUUCACCAACAGCAGCGGAUGUGUUGCUGUAUAUGUCUGUAGCGGUAGUUGUCUCACUGACCGUGUGUGGAAACUUGCUUGUGAUCAUCUCCAUCUGCCACUUCAAGCAGCUUCAGACACCAACUAAUUUCCUCCUGCUCUCUUUGGCCAUAGUGGACUUUCUUGUUGGGGUAAUUGUGAUGCCCCUCUAUUUUACUAUGUGGAUAGGUCCAUGGAGGUGCUUUGAUAUAUUGUAUUGCACAACUUUGAAGAUAGCAUCAUAUUGCUUUACUUGUAUAUCAGCUUAUAAUGUAGCUUUAAUUGCAUUGGACCGAUAUCUUGCUCUCUCCAACCCUUUUCACUAUUCCAUGAAAAUGAAAGAUAAUAUAACUUUGAGGAUUAUAGCCAUACUGUGGUUGUAUUCAUUUAUCUACAAUAUGGUGCUUCUUUAUUUCAAUGGAGAUAUUCCAGACAUGAAAGCAAACAUCACAUGUGGUGAGUGUGUUGGUAAAAUUAAUAAAGUAUGGGCUAUUGUUGACUUCAUAAUUGCAUUUGUUUUACCAUGCUCAAUGAUUGUAAUUAUAAACUUGAACAUUUUUGCUAUUGCUAAAAAGCAUGCAAAUAAAAUUAGGAGUGUCAGAAAGUGCCCAAAAAAUGAUCAUGGUUCUAUGGCCUCUGAAAGGAAAGCAGCAAAAUCCCUUGGAAUUCUCGUGGCAGUCUUCCUUCUGUGUUUAGUACCCUACUAUGUAAGUGCCUUCGUUGAUAUGUUUUUUAGGAAAAAAUCUGACCAUCUUGCAAUUUCAGUUACAGCACCUCUAUUAUAUUUGAAUUCUUCCAUCAAUCCAAUCAUUUAUGCUCUUUUCUAUCCAUGGUUUCAGAGGUCUGUUAAACUCAUACUAACACUUAGAAUAUGUGGUUCAGAGUCUUCUAUGUUGAAUGUGCUUGAACAGGAAAUAUAA